CCGAGGCCGCCGCUGCCGGGCCUCCCCUCCCCCCCGGGCGGGCGCCAUGCGGGGGGGCGCAGGCGACGCGGAGCGGCGGCAGCGCUGGGGUCGCCUCUUCGAGGAGCUGGACAGUAACAAGGAUGGCCGCGUGGACGUGCACGAGUUGCGCCAGGGACUGGCCAGGCUGGGCGGGGGCGACCCAGACCUCGGCGCCCGACAGGCCAUCUCCCCCGAGGGUGACGCUGACCCAGAUGCAGGGCUCAACCUGGAGGAAUUUUCCCAGUACCUGCAGGAGCGGGAGCAGCGCCUGCUGCUCAUGUUCCACAGCCUGGACCGAAAUCAGGACGGUCACAUCGAUGUCUCUGAGAUCCAGCAGAGCUUCCGAGCUCUGGGCAUUGCCAUCUCGCUGGAACAAGCUGAGAAGAUUCUGCACAGCAUGGACCGCGACGGCACGAUGACCAUUGACUGGCAGGAAUGGCGCGACCACUUCCUGCUGCACUCCCUGGAAAACGUGGAGGAUGUGCUGUUCUUCUGGAAGCAUUCCACGGUCCUGGACAUCGGCGAGUGCCUGACGGUGCCAGAUGAGUUCUCCCAGAAAGAGAAGCUCACGGGCAUGUGGUGGAAGCAGCUGGUGGCCGGCGCCGUGGCAGGGGCCGUGUCUCGCACAGGCACGGCCCCCCUGGACCGCCUCAAGGUCUUCAUGCAGGUCCACGCCUCAAAGACCAACCGACUGCACAUCCUGGGGGGCCUGCAGAGCAUGAUCCGCGAGGGGGGCGUCCUCUCCCUGUGGCGCGGCAACGGCAUCAACGUGCUCAAGAUCGCCCCGGAGUCGGCCAUCAAGUUCAUGGCCUACGAGCAGAUCAAGCGGGCCAUCCGGGGGCAGCAGGAGACGCUGCACGUGCAGGAGCGCUUUGUGGCCGGCUCCCUGGCUGGCGCCACGGCCCAGACCAUCAUCUACCCCAUGGAGGUGCUGAAGACGCGGCUGACGCUGCGCCGCACCGGCCAGUACCAGGGGCUGCUGGACUGCGCGAGGCAGAUCCUGGAGCGGGAGGGGCCGCGAGCCUUCUACCGCGGCUACCUGCCCAACGUGCUGGGCAUCAUCCCCUACGCGGGCAUCGACCUGGCCGUCUACGAGACCCUGAAGAACCGGUGGCUCCAGCAGUACAGCCACGAGUCGGCCAACCCAGGGAUCCUUGUGCUCCUGGCCUGCGGCACCGUCUCCAGCACCUGUGGCCAGAUAGCCAGUUACCCCCUGGCCCUGGUCCGGACACGCAUGCAGGCCCAAGCCUCCGUGGAGGGCGCCCCCCAGCACUCCAUGCUAGGCCUGCUGCGGCACAUCCUGGCCCAGGAGGGCGUGUGGGGCCUCUACCGGGGCAUCGCGCCCAACUUCAUGAAGGUCGUUCCGGCCGUGAGCAUCUCCUACGUGGUCUACGAGAACAUGAAGCAGGCCCUGGGGGUCACGUCCAGGUGAGGGACCCCGAGCCCUCCCCUCUCCCCUCAUAAGCUCCCGCACCCCGAUUCUGACAUCCCCACCCCUGAGCCGCUGGAGACGGACGACCCAGCCAGGUGGAUCCCGGGUCCUCCCCCACCAGCCCAGGCCCAGGUCCCUGCAGCCUGACUGUUCCCGUCUGAGACCUGAACUACGAGAUCCAAGGUCAUCCACACCCCCGCCCUCCACCCUUAUCCCCCUACACACUGGAGCCUGCACCCCCACGUCCCCAAAGUGGACCUCAGGUCUUAACCACUGGACACCCCACAGCUCAGCAAAUGGGUCCUGAUUGUGCAGCCACGGCCCCCCACCCCCACCCCACCCCACCCCGUACCUCACCACCCAGACCUUCGCUCCCUCUGGAUCCUGGCUCCCCCACCCCACUGGCGAACGGAGAUCCCUUUGCCUCGAGCCCUGCAUCUCCAAGCUCAGCCACUGGAUUCUGGAUGACAAGAAACCUCAGCCACAGGAUCCCGACAAUGCGGUGCCCAGAGCCCGGGGCCCCAGGCACUGGAUCCCAGAUCCCCUCACCCCGGCCACUGGAUUUCUGAAUUCCUUUACCUCGACACGGGGGUCCCAGACCCUUCUGCUUCGACUGCCAGAUCCCUGCACUCAGUUCCCCAAACCCUGGGUCCCAGCUUCCCGAGCCCCGACCCACUGGAUCCUGGCUCCUAAAACCACAACCGCGGAGCCCAGACGCACAGCAGGUGGAUCCGGGCAACUGUGGCUGCUGGAUUCCAAAUUCUAGAUCCCAGCUCCCUUCACCCCAGUCACCGGAUACUGAGACCACGUCUGUGGAAGGCAGACCCCCACUCCCCAGCUCCAGCACUGGAUCCUGAAUGCUCACAGCCCCUCCUCCACCCCCAAGUCUAGGCCCCCGUAGUCUGAUCCCAGCGUCGUGGCUCCCUCACGCCGCAGCCCAGAGCUCUCUCCCCCUCCCUGUGAUGGGGGAAUUACCCUAAGGAGCGUCCACGGAUGCCCAGGUCCUCGCCACCAGGCUCCAGAAAACCUGGGUCUGUCGCGGGUCCUGCCACGGCUUGACUCCUGGCCAGGCUACAAGGAAAUGAACAGCUCCCCGCACCUGCACAAAUGCCAGGUCCUCCCCAAACCUCCCAGCAUGGCCACACCUGGCCCUGUGGGGAAACUGCCCCCCUCAGACCACGGCACGCACCCUCUGUGGCGUCUUCCCUUCCCUUCCCACUGCAUGGUUUAAUAGCCCUCCCGGUGCCCGGGUGCCCCCUUCCUCGGGAGGGGCCGCUCGUUCGGGGAGCGGGUAAGGAUGCCAGGCUCCGUGGCUAGCCCCUCCCCAGGCUUCGGAGUCGGAAGCCGGGACCAAACCCACAAGGACCACACUUGCACACAUGUGAACCUCCAAACUCAACUCCAGGUCUAUUUUUCUACCAGAGAGAGGAGGCGCCAACUCUCCUCCCCCACCCGCCCCAGUUCCCUCCCCACCCUCGAAUGUUCUGCACUUUAUACUUGGAUUCUGAGCUUAGGAGAAUUGGGGGACCCCUCUCUCCAUGCCUCACCAGUCCUUGGGGAGCCCCAUGUUGAGGUUCUGCGAAAGAGGAACUGGGAUGCUGGAGGGGGGUGGCUGGAGGACCCCCCCCACCAUGACUUCCGCCUCCACCCUCCACCUCCCUGCCUGCGUGUGUCAUUUCAAAGGAAAACGAACAAAAGGAAUAAAUUUUCUAA